AGUGAGUGGACCUUUAUUUUGAACAAAGACUGUGUGUGUGUGUGUGUGUGUGUGUGUGUGUGUGUGUGAUUGUUGGGUGUUGUCAAGGAGAUGACUGGACACGAGAGGAGAAGGUCCAACUCGAAUAACAAAGUGACAGAAGAGAGGAGCACACCGCUAAACAGACAAUCACACUUUCGCAUGCUGCACUUUCUAUUUUGGACAAAUGUGACAAAUUUACGUUAAAGUGACUCUGUUAACCUGUGAACUGACUGAACCCUACUCUGCUUUUCGCAUUCGUAUCCCACUUUGGAUAAUGGAGAGCUGCAAUCAGCGGGUGUUCACGCUGCUGCUCCUGCUGCGCUGCUUCAUGAGUCUCUCCACCUCAGCCAUCGACACCGUGAAUGUGGCAGAUUUCUGUGGCCAGACAAUCCAAGGUGACGGUAUGAUCAUCAACUCACACCAGGAAUCCAAGAAAUACUACUUUGUGAUCAUGGGGACUGAUUGCCACCUGACAAUGCAGGCCAGCUCUCCCAAAGACAAGGUCCAGUUCUAUUUCCGCUUCUUCCUGGUUUACAGCUUGCUUAGAGUGGCCCCCCUGAGUCCUGCACCUGUCUUGCCAGAGUCUCCGUCCCCCCACGAUCCGUGUCAUGCCGGCUCUUACGUUCAGUUCUAUGAUGGUCGGGACAGAAGUUCGCCUCCCUUGGGGCCUCCUCUCUGUGGGAAGAGCCCACCCCGACCAGUGCUGUCCACAGGAAACUACCUGACCCUGAGGCUGGUGACCAGGGGGACUCAGCCUCGAGUUGACUUUGUGGGGGACUUCACCUCCUUCAGACUGGGUUUUAACCAAUCAGAUUGCAGCAAUGAGCCUUACUUCACUUGCAGGAAUGGAAAGUGCAUCCCUCUGAGUUUGGUGUGUGAUGAAAAAGGCAUUGAUAACUGUGGGGAUGGAAGUGACCUGGAGGAAAACCUCACCACAGGCUGCAAAGGAGGUCAACUUUUACCUCCUGAACCUUCACCAGCAAUUGCAACCUCUCCUCAUCCCUUUCUGAGUCCACCCACUGUGCCCUUCCUGACACGUACGAACUGUGGAGCACCGAUUGGUCCUCCCAGUCCUGAGUCGGUAGCAGGUACGUAA